AUGCUCCUCCUACAAAAUACCUUUGUUCAUUGCCUUUUCUUUACUGUCCUCCUCAGAAUGACCGCGUUCGCCAGUCCAAUUGCUGCAACAAGUCAUCAACUCGAUCGUCGAGGACGUAAAAAGGGCGAAAUGGCAAUCACUAUAGCAUGGCAAUUUCCUGGACCAUUGACAGACACAACCAGGUUUUCACUGUUCUUCGAUGAAAUUGGCUUCGAGCCUGUGGUCGUCUAUCACAAGAAUGAGCAUGGUAAAACAGUAACCCAUGUCCAGGAAGUCAAGGAAGUCUCAUGGCGACCCUCGCCUACUAAUACAAUACUCCUUGGUUCCGUCUUCAAAACCAGCUCCCUCGUAUGUCGAUUCGGUGACUCGGCUGACUUUCGAAAACACAUAUUCGAUACCAUUAAAGAUGUUCAAGAGUUGCAGUCGCAGACCAUAGCAUUGUUGGAGGGCAGACAGAAGGAAUUUGGAAUGGUUCAAACGGGGCCAUACUUUGACCCAAGGUUGAGACAGCAUCCUACCAUCGAAGAUGAUCUAGACUGGAUCAAUACUGUCUUUCUCUUCUUGUCGUUGACUGAUUUGCCCAUGUCUUCCGGCGGCCCCGCGCACGUGUCUCCCAUGGCCACUCCCUUGGUGACUGCGACUAGUCUGGAAACCUGGAACAAAAAGUUCAACUUGCUAUGUCUCGCCAGAUAUCCCAGCCUACCUCUAAAUCGUUGCUGA